UUUUUCUUUCCUCGGCAACCUCCGUCGGCCCUGGCCCAUCUCGCUGCCGAGCGCCCCAACCCCGUCGCUCCGUGGUUCGUCUUCCUCCUCGAGCGAGCGCCGCCACCCCUCCCUCCCCGUCCCGAUGCCGAGCGCCCCAGCUCCGUAGCUCGUCUCCCUCCUCGAGCUAGCGCCGCCACCCCUCCCUCCCCAUCCCACUGCCGAGCGCCCCAGCGCCCCCGCUCCGUCGCUCGUCUUCCUCCUCGCGCAAGCGCCCGCCACCAGGUUGAUCUCUCGGAUUCUCUCGUUCCCGGCCGUUUCUCCUCCCAUCACCUCACGAAUGAAUUACGCCCUUUAGCCCCCCGUUUCAUCUCCUUAAUCACCCCCAAUUCGUAACUGAGGCAAAAAUCAAGGUAGCCCUACCUUGCCCUACCGGGUCCUCCGCCCGUGAUUCUAAACCAACCUCUCUGGUCGAGCAUAUACUAAAUUGUUAACAGAAGUGUUCAGGAAGCUUAUAUCAGUAGCUGAAUGACCAGAGAUUGAAACCUGAAUUAUUCAGUGCCCCGGAAGAACUUGGUGUGUUUGGUUAUUUGUUGUAUUAAAUAGCAGCACAGUUUGUACUUAAACAACAGCCCAGUGAAAUGUUGGUCAUGUGCCACUGGCAUUGGCAGUGAGAUAAUCUGCACCGUUGGAUGAUAAAAAUGAACUUGUAGAUGGGAAGGAAUUAAACAACUGUUUCAAUGAAUAUCCUACAAGACCUUAAGCAUCUCAAGCACAUUAGCUUGCCGACGAGGCCUGUCAUUUGCAAAUGCCUUAUCAUAGUCAUUGGCCUUAUUGUUCUGAGAGCAAUUGUCUCCCCUUUUCUUGCCAUUAACUCGUCUGAGAAGAGUUUUUAUGAGUCAGCAACCCUUGACUUGUUCCCUGGAGUUCGGAAAGACAAAUUUGUUGAGGUCCCACAGAUAAUAUGGGGAUUGAACAAUCAGAAGAUUGCAUUUGCCAGAGCCUGCUUGACAGCGAAAUACCUGAACAGGUCCCUGCUCAUGCCAAGUCUUAGUGCUUCGCUUUUCUAUAAAGAGGUUGACUUGCUGCAGCCUAUAACUUUUGACAAAGUGUUUGACUUUAACAAGUUCAAUGCCCGUUGUCAUGGGUUUGCAAGGCUAGCUCGGUAUUCAGAAGUUUCGAACCACACCGAGCCUUUCAUACUCCAAAAGGGAAGUGGUAGGAGGUGGACAGUAGAGAGAGACUUGGAUCAACUGCAACAAUCCAGAUUGGGCGUGGUCGAUGGCUCUGAAGUAAUUCAUAUCACCGGGAAACAUCCGUUUCUGUGGCCUGACCAUUGGCCAGUCAAAGACUAUGCCAGAAUCUUUGAGUGCCUUGCCUUAGCCCCUGAGGUAGAAACUGAAGUAGUCAAGGUAAUAUCCAAGAUUAGGGAGGCAGGGAGAAAAGCAAGACAUGAGGCUGCCAUCUCUCAUAAUAAGAACAAGAUGGAUGGUUUGACGGAUCUGCCUGUGCAGUAUAUCGCUGUUCACAUGAGAAUAGAGAAAGAUUGGAUGAUCCAUUGCAAGAAGUGGGAGCAGCGGUCCAAUUUAAAUGAAAUCUGUAGCAGUAAAGGAGAGAUAAUCCAUAAGGUAUCACAGAUCACUGAUCUACGCCGGCCAGUUGUAGUUUAUCUUGCAGUUGCCGACGGCCUUCUAGAAGAUGAUUCGGUAACCAGCGGUUGGAGAGUGGGUAUGAUUGCUUAUGAGAAAAAGAAACUUGGAGUUACUACCAUCUACGAUAGGCAGCCUUAUCUUAUAAAAUCUGCCAUUGACUUCGAGGUAUGUGCAAGAGCGGAUGUGUUUGUUGGCAAUAGCUUCUCGACAUUUUCCAACCUUGUAGUGUUGUCUAGAACAGAGAAGUUAUAUAAGCUGGGGAAGGCAAGCUCAUGCGGUGAGAAUGUUGGCCUGUCGUCCUAUGCAUACAAUGUCAUUGGAGAUGAUGGCGGCCCACAGCGAUGGAUGACAGAUAUGUCGGAUAUAAGCCUUCAGCGCAUAAGUUAUGGAACGAAUAACAUCUCCUGCCACUGACUUUUACACAUACCAUCUGACUGAAACACAAUCACACACAGGGAGGUAGUUUUCGGCUGAACCUUGUAGAAACGAGCAGGCGCAAGAUCUCGAUGGUACUUCCAAGCUAGAAUCUGUGUAUUCACGGGGGCAUCCCACUCUUCUGAAAUGACUCUGGCCAAGAAUUGCCUGUAUACUUUGUGAGUGUGUACAAAAGUUGUUUCCGGAACAGCAUUGUAUUCGACAAUUUUUAGUCUUCUAGUUUCCAGAGCUAAAUGCUGUGUGAUGAUACUUUGUUUUGUUUCUAUGGAUUACUUAGAGCAGCUUGCUUGACAUUGUCGAACACUCUGUACGGCGGCAUGACUUCACUUGAAACAUUUCUAAAUUUCUUUGAAGUUUAGCUGCU